AACCAUUCCAUCUCACUAUAACCAAUAAGAAUUCGGUUAUAAAUAAGAUCUUACCGUGUUGAUUACAUUGCUGUUGUCGAGAAAAUAGACUUGUUAGCUACUUGAUUGGGUUCCAGAUGUUUAGAAAUACUUUAAGAUCCAGUAUUGCCAGAUCCGUUGGGGGGUCUUGUUUGAGAAAAGCCCUUCCAACUGUUUAUGCAACACCAAACAUAUGGAGAAGUAAGGCCAUACAGCUGGUGAAUGUCACCAGGAGCUAUGCGUUGAGUACCCAGGGAGAAGAAAUUGAAGACAAGAUAGAUAAUAUAUCGGCAAGUGAAUACGGACGUAUUGCCGAUGAGUAUUUAGAAAAUAUGUCAGACGAAUUGGAAGAGUUAUCCAUGGACCACGAAGGCAUUGAAAUCGAGCUUGUUCAAGGGGUAUUAACCGUCACCGUGCCUCCAAACGGGACUUACGUUAUUAAUAGACAACCGGCAAACAAGCAAAUUUGGUUGAGCAGUCCAAUAAGUGGUCCAAACAGAUUUGACUCCAUCCAGAGUAAGUGGAUUGCUUUAAAAGAUGGUUCUUCUUUAACUGAAAUCAUGGAAAAUGAAAUCUCCGAAGCCAUCCAGUCUCCAUUCAAGUUCGAAUCAAUUGAAAUGUAAUUUGCUCGGUUCUUUGUUCGAUUAUGGCUGAUUCUCGUAUUUUCCAAUCAUGGUUGUAUUAAAACCAUCUUCUUUCUUCGUGUAUAUAUCUUAUUUAUAACUACAUUACCAAUAUUAACAUCAUUGAUAGUCAUUUACUCUUGCAAGUAGUG